AUGGCGGCACGAGAAUCAGGAAGAGUAAAGGAAGCUGAAAAGAGAAGAACAUUAGAUGAUGCAGCGAGAAAACGCCGAGCUCGAAAAGCUGUAGAAGCUCUAGAACAAGACAAUUUUCAUGAUGACCCUCAUGCAGACCUAGUUAUGUCGAAAAAGAUACCCAAGUUUGCAGAUUCCAAUGAGAAACCAAUUAGAAAGAAGAAAACAAAAAGUGCAGAAUAUUAUAAAAUGAGAUUCAGAAAGACAUUUGCUCAGCUUGUGGAGGAAGAUGCUAGUUUCAGACCAGACCCACCUAACUAUUUGUCAGCACAAGUACCUCCCUCAAAUUUUCCUGAUCGACAUUUCUGUGCGGUCUGUGGAUUUCCUUCAAAUUACACGUGCAUACCAUGCGGAGCAAGAUACUGCAGCGUUCGGUGCCUAGGCACCCAUCUAGAUACCCGGUGUAUGAAAUGGACAGCGUAAAUAAUUACAAUAAGGAUAAUUAAACAAAGAUACU